AUGGGGAAAGGAAAAGGUCUACAUAAAGAGAGGCGCAUUUUAAAAAGAUACUUCGAAGAAUACCCGUCAACUAGUCGUAUCGGAUCCAAUUUAGUAUAUUCAAAUUACACAGUUACGUUUCUGAGAUACAGGCCCCAUCCUCCAGUCGAAUUUCACAAGAGUCAUCCGCACGUCCCCUUAAUGAGUAAGCUAUUGUUUUGCAAAUCAAAGGUGUUUCUACAUCCAACUAGUGAUGCCAGAGAUAACAUAGCUGGUUUUCUACUACUUUCCGUAGAACCCAACCAACAAUCUCAUCAAACAGUCCUGCAAUAUAUUCCGGAAUCCAGCUUUUCCUCAUCCGAGAUAGCAAAACUGCUCACGUAUGAGUCUAAGUUGGGAGUGUGUCCAAGUUCUACACCAUUCGUCAUUGAGAACUCAAUAAGUUUUAGUAAUCUGAUCAAUACCUCUUCAGACCAAGCCUUCCAGAUUUCUCUGUCACAGAUAUACUGCAUCCAAUUUAGGCCUCCAAGCCCUAAUGGGUGGUAUGUUGGGUCUCUGGUUAUAUAUCCUCUGGUAGAACAAUUCACAGGAUUUCAACCCCCUGUUCUAUUUUUUCAUGAUCAAAUCUGCCCAUCAACAAAGGACAAGUUAAUAAAGCUACGUGUAUCUAUGAAUCCCUUCGAUGACUCAGAUGAGUUAUAUUGGGGUGGCGUGGAUCUAAGAAACAAAAUCAAUGAGUUAACGGAGCUGAAGAAAUCUAAUCUAGAAACAGAGUUUUGGUUAGUAAAUCCUACUUUGAAUGAUUUAAGGAAUUUUGUCUCUAAGGAUCUAUUGGAAAGUUAUAACAAUCAGAACAAAAAUAAAGCUGAUCCUAGCACAGCUGGUGUAAAACUAAACGAGAAAUUGCAAGAAUGGAAGUGGAACGUAAUGAGCAAAAUAGCAGACGUUACUACCAAGUCAAGCAACUUUAUUGACAGCUGGUUAACCAAUAACUCUACAAUUCAAAAAUCACAAAUCGACAACGAAUACUUGCAAAAGCUUCUGAAUAACGAGAAGGUUAAACAGAUUGAGCAAGACUAUGAUUCUGCGAGAGUAUAUUUAGCAAACUGGUCACUGGGAGUAAAACAAGAAGCUGAAAGAUACCAAAAGCAGAAUAAACUAUUUGAUUCGUAUAGAAACAACAUCUUCAACGAUUUGAAUUUGACUGAUGAAUUAAAUGACAUAGAAAUAAAUAACGCCCUACAAAGACAAUUUCCCCUAACCGAGGCGAAAUGGAAUUCGCUUUGGGAUGAGAACGACGGGAGGCUGAGAGUCACAGUAAACGAAGUUAAAGAUUUCAUAUUCCAUGGUGGGCUGGAAAAUAAUGAUUUGAGAGGAAAAGUUUGGGGGUUCCUUUUGGAGAUAUACCCUUGGGACUCUUCUCAAGAUGAGAGAUUACAAAUCGAUCAGAGUUUAGCUGCGGAAUAUGAUCAACUAAAACUAACCUGGUCAAAGGAUUUCUUACAGUUUGACGACGAAGAUGAAGAAGAAUAUUGGAAGGAUCAGAUAUUUAGGAUAUCCAAAGAUGUAAGACGUUGCGAUAGAAACUUGAGUAUAUUCCAAUACAACACUGUUGACGGACUGCCACCGUUGUCUCAAGAGUCGCCUGAAAAUGAAAACAACAAAGACAGUGUGGAAUUAGCCGGCGAGGAGAGCGAUGAAGCUGAUGACGAGAUUAAAAACCCGCAUUUGAUUCAUCUACAAAACAUCCUUACUACUUAUAACGCAUACAAUACGAAUCUAGGCUAUGUACAGGGCAUGACAGACCUUUUGUCGCCAAUUUACGUUAUCAUGAAGGAUGAAUGGAAAACGUUUUGGUGUUUCACCCAUUUUAUGGAUGUUAUGGAGAGAAACUUUUUGAGAGACCAAAGUGGUAUUCAUGAACAAAUGUUGACCCUUGUGGAAUUAGCUCAACUGAUGUUGCCUGAAUUGAGCGAACACCUUAACAAGUGCGAUUCAGGAAACUUGUUUUUCUGCUUUAGAAUGCUGUUAGUAUGGUUUAAGAGAGAAUUCGACAUGCAAGACAUCAUGCAUAUUUGGGAGAAUUUUUGGACCUUUUUCUAUAGUUCACAAUUCCAAUUAUUUUUUAUGUUGGCGAUCUUGCAGAAAAAUUCACAAGCUAUCUUACAGCAUUUAAACCAGUUCGACCAAAUAUUGAAAUUCUUCAACGAACUUGACGGGAAGUUAGAUUGGAACGAUCUGAUGGUUAGAGCUGAGCUAUUGUUCAAGAAAUUUGAAAAAAUGAUGCAAGUUAUGGAAAGAGAUCUGCAAAGUUCAACAUCCUCUUCGUCGUCCACUUCCGGUGUAUUGCCCUGUCAAAGUGAAAGAUUGAACCUGCUUCUGUCCAAAAAACCCAUCAUCAAACGUGAAGGGAAAAGAAGCAAGGACUCCAUUAAAUAA